AUGCAGUCAGUCUAUCCCGAGUAUACGACUCGCUGUGAAGGCCCUCAGCUCGAUCAAACCUCUCCUGUAACUAUCAGGCUAGAAGUUCCAGUGGACUUUGAUGGGGAGCGGGAUGUGGAAGUUGUUCUAGAGGACACUCCCUCCGGUGCUUUCGCUGAAUCAUCCCACCAACCAUCA